AUGAUUAAUGAACGUGGUGAAAUCUUAAUAUAUUAGAAAGAUUUUAAAUUUGAAAGAAUGAUUAAAGGUACUUUUGGAGCUGUGAGAGAUGUAGCAUUCAAUAAAGAAUAUAUAUAUACUGUUAGCAUUGAUCAUUUUUUAAGGUUUAUUUAUAUAUUUAUUUUAGAGUGUAUCAUAUUGAAAAUGUUAGAAUACCAUUAUCAAUUAAUUUAUUAUAAAGAUUAUAAGCAAUUAAUUUCAAUUGUAUUGAAUAUAAAGAUAUAGAGAUAGAAAAAAAAGAAGAAAAAAUUUGGACAAUAAAAAAUGGUAAAGAAGCAAAGGCUAGAUUUGCUGGAAUGAGAAGACAUACUAUUAAAUUGCCAUAUUUGGAUAAAAUGUUUGAAAAUCAUAAACUCAAUAAAUUAAAUAAAGAAUAAUAAAAAUUGAAAUAAGAAUAAUAAUCAAUUUAGAUUAAAUAAGAAUAUGUAGAAUAAGAUUAAUAAGAUUAAUAACUUAAAUAUAAAAAUAUACAAAAUAAAAAAAUAAAAAAAUAAAAAAAUAAAAAAAUUACAACAAAAAAAUAAGAUUCUUGGAUUAAAGAAAUAAAAGUUACUUGUAAAUAAACCAAAUAGAAAAAUCAAAUGAAAUAUUUGUUUUAUAAUGUUUAAAUUGUUAAUUACAUAUAAUUUUUUAUUUUAUGAGUAACUAGAAGAAUAGCUAUGAUAAUUUGAUCUUUUAUGAUGAAGAAGAAGAACAGCAGAACUUAAGUCAGCCAAAAAAGAAUUCUCAAUUUUUAAAUCGAUUGCAUAAUAAAAACAACAAAUCAUUUGAGAAAACAUGGUUAAACACUGUAACAGAAGAACAUCGAAAUGAUUUGAAAGAAAAACUAAAACAAACUGUGGGAAACAGUAAAUACAAGUUCAAAUAUUUGUUUUAGAUUCCCCAAAUAAUGAAUAAUUCUAAACUUUAAAGUAGAAAAAAGACUUAUGAAAUUUUUACAAAAAAUUCUUAGCUUGAACAAUAUUAUUUAUAAUUAAAGAAGACCUCCUCUAACUCAGUAGAUACAAUAUAGUCUAAAGCUAAUUAUAAAGAUAUAUUAAGUUAAAUUUCAAAUAAUAAAGUACAUGAUACGUAUCAACAUUAAAAUAAAAAAAAUAAUGGAGUAAUUUAUACUAAUGAAUUAUGGUCGUAAAAGCUAAGAAAUUAAAUAAGUGAACAAUCUAGAUUAAAAGAAUUAUCAGAGUUACUAGAAAUGAAUAAGAUUAAGAUGAGUUAUGAUGAAUAAUUACAAAAUUUUUAAGAAUACUUUGUAAAAAAAACAAAACCUAAAAAAGAAUCUAUAUCUGAUAUGUAGUAAAUUAUAUCAACAGCAUUUUUAUCAGAAAAUUAAAAGGAAAGUAAAAUCUAAAAUGAAAAUUAAUACAAGAAACCAUAAACUUUAAAUAUAUAAACAUAUUUUAAACCUCAUAUUGAUGAAUAAACUUUUGAUUAUUCAACAAAACAUAGUCGAAUGGGUUCCCGUAAACACAGUCAAGGAUAUAGACCAUAAUCAUAAGAAUAUAGUAUUUUUAGUCGUAGAGCAUCUACUUUAAAAAAUAAAUUAAAUGAUGAAAUGACUACAUAAUUUAAUCAUAUAGAUACCCCAAAUGAUAAAUUAAGAUUCAUAAUAGAAGAUUCCUGCAAAGAAAAUGAAUCAACAAAAACUACUGUUUCUAAAAUUAAUAAUUUUCUUAAAUCAGAAAAAGAGGAUUAAGAAAGCAUUAAAAAAUAAAAAAUUCAAUUCUAGUAAGUUAAAGCUUUGAAUAAUGCAAUAAAAAUUAAAAAAUAGAGGGAAACAAAUUCUCAUAUUUCUAAUUAAAUAACUUGA